UUGGCCACCGGAAGAGGACCCAGGGACCGAGGCUGAUGCGAGCCCGGUGGCUUCUGGGAAAUGCAGUCCAUCCGGAACUGUCCUGGCGCCGGGAGUGCGCAGGCGCAGGAGUCUGUCGGCGCGCGGCGGAGGUAGACCCGAAUUCGGGAGGACUGUGGCUUCAGGCUUAUUGAGUGAGAAACUACAUGACUCCGAGAUGGGGAACAAUGAGAAAAAGAAAACGCAAGCCAACUUCUACAAGCGCCCCAAGACUCCACCUGCUGAUUCAAAAAUAAAAUUGCAGACAGGCGGGAAGCUCAGCCCUACAGAGGAUUCUGGGACGUGUAGUCUCGACGCUUCCUGUGAUUGGGGCACUUCCGCUCCAGGAAAGCGCGGAUGUGUUCAUCGCGUCGCUGGGGAAAUAGAGUACAAUCCAGUGCUGUGCAUGUUUGGAGGCAUUUCGGAUACCGGAGGGCGAGAAUACGAAGCCGCUCCUUUCGUGGAUUCUGGGAAAUUCGAUUCAGGCCGUCGAUGUUGGAGUCGGCACUUUCGCCCCGGGGGGCGGGGCAGCGGCUCUUGUUCCUCUCGGGGAUGCUGGGAAAUGUAGUCCAGGAGCUCCGCGUAGUCGGAGGUAUUUCCGCUUCAGGAGAUUGCGAUUGUGGCCUUCGGUUCUUUCAGGGAGGCUACAGGGUCCUCUGAUUCAUGGAUCUGGUCAUAUUCUUCUCGGAGUGCCCAGCACGGGGUCGACAGAGAGGAGUUGUUCAAAGCAGCAGAGAGACAAGAUCUAGAAGACUGGCUUCUUUGUGAGAGCUGGAUUCAGGUUCCGCCCCUGCCCCUUGACCUCACCAAGCCUCGGCUUCCUCAUCUGUUACGUGGGAACAACGGUCGUCAUCGUCAUCAUUUAUUGAGAACUUGGUAAAAUGCCAGUUGAGGAGAGGCACAGAGGUGGAGGUGAUCAGACUGGAGUCACACGGCUAGUACACCCCUAGCUUCUUCACAGGUGUGUGGGAGGUACCUUAGUGGAACAAUGCGUGCCAAGUGCUUCUCAAGGUCCCUAACACGUACUUAGUGCUUAUGUAAUGUUAAACAUUGCCGUUUUUGUUGUUUUUAUCAUUACUAUGAUUAGCUUGUUAAUUUAAGUGGCAUGUUGACUAACUUACUGUUAAAUCACAGGAUUCUAUUAAUUUUUCUUCAUCUCCAUGAUAAGAAUGUUUUUAAGGCCCUACUGUUAACAAAGUCAAAUUAUCAAGGUCUUACAUCUUUGAAAAAGCCGUCAUCCACAAUAUCAGAUUCAUAGAGAAAGUAGAAUAGUGGUUACCCGGGACCGAGGGGAAAGGGAACGGAGAGUUAGUGUUUAAUAGGUACAGAGUUUCAGUUUGGGAUGGUGAAAAAGUUGUGGAGAUUGUUAGUGGUGAUGAUUCACAACAAUAUGAACGCACCUAACGAACUCUACACCUAAAAAAUGGUUAAAAUGGAAAAUUUUAUGUGAUGUAUAUUUUACACAGGAAAAAAAAAUAAUCAAUGUAAUCUUAAAUAUUACUGCAAAGGCAUCAAAUUAAAUAUGACAAACCAAGAGAGAAUAACAGAUAUUGCAGAGGCUAAAGGUGGUUUUCAUACAACAAAGCAACAGCCUUUUAAGGCUCCAUUGAAGCUAUUUGUGAGGACAAGUUUUAUGUUACUGAAUAUUACCUGCUUUCUGCUGCUACUGAGAAAUAAGGUGCCCUGAAAGUGUUCUUUGAACUUUCUGCCUACUUAUUUAAUUCUUACAACAAUCCUAUGAGAUAGCCGUUGUUAAUCCCUCCAUUUUUACAGAUGGAAAAUUGAAGCACAGAGAUGCUAAUAAUUUGUCUAAGAUUUCACAGCUAAUACGUCACAGUUUCAUGAACCUAGACAUUUGGCCCCAGAAAUUACUCUCUUAACCUGGGUACUUUACUCUCAAUUUCCGCCCUCCCCAGAAUCAGAAUCAUACCCUGAGAGCUACAUGAACUUGUAUGAGGGCCACUGUGUGUGGUUGGGUGGCUCGUUCACUGCCCAGGGGCUCUUGGCUGAAGGGGUGAGUAGCAUCUGGAAUCCAGCCCAGGCUUUGCGUAUCAGGCCACCCUGAGGAAGCGGCACUGUUGCUGCUUCACAGUAAGCAGCCAUGUGGCUCAGUGACACCCUUGGCCAGACUGACGGCUUUUUUCUCCUUCCCCCGUUGUGCCUGCCCAAGACUCAGCGCUUCCCCAGAAGGAGGAGGGCAAAAUGACCAAGUUCAAGGAGGCGGUGACCUUCAAGGACGUGGCCGUGGUCUUCACGGAGGAGGAGCUGGGGCUGCUGGACUCUGCCCAGAAGCAGCUGUACCAGGAAGUAAUGCUGGAGAACUUCCGGAACCUGGUCUCAGUGGGUGAGGAAGGGCACUCUGGGACUGAACAUCGGAUCAGCCCCUGUGGGCAUCAAUCGUUCACACCAGAUGCAAUAUCCCAGUUAAAGAGAGAAGAAAAGCUUUGGAUGAUAAAGAUAGCAACCCAGAGCCGUCGCUCCUCGGGAGACAAGAAUCUAAAUGGCAUGGAGACUCUUCAAGAAGUUGGAUUAAGGUAUCUGCCACAUGAAGAGCUUUUCUGCUCACAAAUCUGGCAACAGGUUACAAAGGAAUUAACUGGGUGUCAAGAUUCCAUGGGAAAUAUUCAAGGAACUGGCUCUCAGAUGGAAAAACAAGGUGGCACACUCAAUAAAGAUGAGGAGUUUGGUAAAGACUUCAAUCAGACUUCACAUCUUCAAGUUCACCGCAGAGACCACACUGGAGAAAAACCCUACAGAGGGGUGGAGUGUGAGAAAGGUUUCAUACGGGACUCUCACCUUCAAAUGAACCAGACAGCCCACGUAGGAGAGAAGCCCUACAAGUGUGAAAAAUGUGAAAACGCCUUCCGUCGGCUUUCAAGUCUUCAAGCCCAUCAGAGAGUCCACAGUAGAACAAGAUUGAACAAACAUGAUAUGUCGUGUAAGGGUUUCAGUCAGAAGUCAUAUCUUCAUCAUCAUCAGAGAGUCCCCACUGGAGAGGAUCCACACAGAUUUGAGGAGUGUGGGAGGAACGUCGGGAAGAGCUCACAUUGUCAAGCUCCUCCCAUAGCCCACAUGUUGGAGAAACCCUAUAAAUGUGAGGAGUGUGGACUGGGCUUCAGUCAGCGCUCCUAUCUUCACAUCCAUCAGAGAGCCCACACGGGAAAGAAACCUUAUAAAUGUGAAGAGUGUGGGAAGGGCUUCAGUUGGCGUUCACGCCUACAGGCUCAUCAGCGAAUCCACACUGGGGAGAAACCCUACAAAUGUGAGGCCUGUGGCAAGGGCUUUAGUUACAGCUCACACCUGAACAUCCAUUGUAGAAUCCACACAGGUGAGAAACCCUUUAAGUGUGAGGAGUGUGGGAAAGGCUUCAGUGUGGGUUCCCACCUUCAAGCCCAUCAGAUAAGCCACACGGGAGAGAAACCAUACAAAUGUGAGGAGUGUGGCAAGGGCUUCUGUCGGGCCUCAAAUCUUCUGGACCAUCAGAGAGGCCAUAGUGGUGAGAAACCAUAUCAGUGUGAUGCAUGUGGAAAGGGCUUUAGUCGUAGCUCAGAUUUUAACAUUCAUUUUAGAGUCCAUACAGGAGAAAAACCCUAUAAGUGCGAGGAGUGUGGGAAAGGUUUCAGUCAGGCCUCAAAUCUUCUGGCCCAUCAAAGAGGCCACACCGGAGAAAAACCAUACAAAUGUGGUACAUGUGGGAAGGGCUUCAGCCGGAGUUCAGAUCUUAACGUUCAUUGUCGAAUCCACACGGGAGAGAAACCCUAUAAAUGUGAGAAGUGCGGGAAGGCCUUCAGUCAGUUCUCAAGCCUUCAAGUGCAUCAAAGAGUCCAUACCGGCGAGAAACCAUACCAGUGUGCAGAGUGUGGGAAAGGCUUCAGUGUGGGCUCACAGCUUCAGGCCCAUCAGAGGUGUCACACUGGAGAGAAACCCUACCAGUGUGAGGAGUGUGGGAAGGGCUUCUGUCGGGCCUCAAAUUUUCUGGCUCACCGUGGAGUCCACACAGGAGAGAAGCCAUACCGAUGCGAUGUGUGUGGUAAGCGCUUCAGACAGAGAUCAUACCUUCAAGCCCACCAGAGGGUCCACACUGGAGAGAAACCAUAUAAGUGUGAGGAAUGUGGUAAGGUCUUCAGUUGGAGCUCAUACCUUCAAGCCCAUCAGAGAGUCCACACUGGGGAAAAACCAUACAAAUGUGAGGAGUGUGGGAAAGGCUUCAGUUGGAGCUCAAGUCUUAUAAUUCAUCAGCGAGUCCAUGCUGGGGAUGAGGGUGACAAGGACUGUCCCUCAUCAGAGAAUACAUACAGCAAAGAAGCUCUAUAAAAUUACACGGUUUAAUACCUCAAACGGGUGCUGAAAUAGUCCUGUCAUAGAAGACAAAACAUCUGUUUGAUAGAAGAGUAUUUCUGCCAGAGCUCGACAUGUCUGUGUGGUUGGGCGACCACACAGCAGAGAAAGCUCAUAAGAGUGGAGACAUAAGAACUUCAUUCAGAACCUUGGCAUUUAGCAGAUACGACAGAGAAGGGAGGCUUAAGAAGGAUGAGUCUGAGCUGAAGGUAACCAAAAGUACUAAGACGGAAAUGCCCAAGUCUCUUCCACCAGAAUAGAAGCUCUCGGAGGGCUGGGACUUUGUUGACGGCCAAGUCCACUCUGCCUCUUCAGCGCCUAACACACUGCAGGUGUCCAGUAAUGUUAAAUGAGUAAAAAGGAGAACAGUCACUUUUGAAAUUUUCUUUCAGUUCCUUUCUAAAAAUUUCUAUAAAAUUGUAGAAGGAGGAAUUCUUCAAGGCUUGGAGGAUUAAAUAAGACAUUUGGGCUCAUUUCCCCAACGCUGCAGGUCCUGUGAACUAGUGCUUAUCAAGCUGAAGGUUGUAACCCAUCAGUGGGUCCAGAAGUCAGUUCACCAGGUUGUGGCCAGCACUUUUCUAUGCUAACAGUUCUUUAUGGAGAUGUGAUUCGCAUGCAGCCACAUGCAUAAGUAAGUUUACAGUUUCAUGAAUUUUGACAAAUGUAUCUACUUGUGUAAUCAUCACCAAGAUCAAUAUAUACCAUAUUUCUAUUAAACCAGAAUGUUUCCUUGUGUACUAUUCUUGUCAUUCGCACCUCCAGGGGCAA